AUGGGGCCGCGCUUCCAGGGCAGUCGAAACCAGCAAGAUCCUGUCACUCCGUUCCGAAUAAAGCUCCACCCCAGUUCCUGUGCCUACGUAAUUGCUGCCCUGCACCCCAGCUCCAAGGUGGAAGGUUCCAGACAGGGCCCUGCAGGACCUGAGAGCUCAGCUCAGUGGUGCCCGGCAUUGGAGAUGACCUGGCCUCUAGGGGAAGUCCCUCUGAAUGGCAUGGCGACCCACUGUAGCGCCUGCAGCCACUUCCCCCACUUCAGCAUCCUCCACUGGCUGGGCAAUGGCUCCUUCAUUGAGCAUCUCCCGGGCCAGCUGCAUGAGGUGCAGGGGCUCAGGAAGGUGAAGCUGGACGAGCCGAGUCCCACCCUGUGCAGCACCAACUUUACCUAUGUCUUCGCUGACCCUGGACACACUGCCCAGAGCCACGUCGUGCUGGCCCAGUUAUGGGUGAGGAGCCCAGGACGAUGUGCCACCCCGUGGUCCAGGAGCCCAGUUGGACUCCAGUCAUAG